AUUGUUGUCAAGCUCCGAGAAUAUACGUAACAUCUGCUGCGCAAUUUCAUUUGUUUCAUCAUUAAAUCAAUUGAGAAAGAAGCAAAGAACAUUUCUAAAAAAUCAGCGCUUUUUGUAUGGGCAGCAUUUUGCUUUUUAAGUUCAAAGAGAGAGAGAGAGAGAGAGAGAGAGAGAGAGAGAGAGAGAAAGACAGACAGGCACAGACAGGCUACUAAAUAGUUCUAUCUCUAUCACACUAAUGGGAGAGAAGGAGCGACUCCGACUACAGCGCCCCCUUUUUCAUGAACGCGUGCAAGGUGCGCUGUAGUGGCUGAUGGCUGGCUAGCGUGAUGUAGUUUCUAUCCGUCUACUAGUACUCGAGAAGCAUUUGCGACAGCUGCAACUUGCAAUUGCUCCGCAUAGUUUUCCCUUUCCGUACCGUGUAUACCGUACAAGUAACGUUGAGUCCUUGGAUUACGCGGUUCGUGCUGUGGUGGUAGUCACUGGUAUAGCACUACUCCAGUGUCGCCCCAGGCGUGCAUACGCAUCGCACGACUCCUCCAUUGCAGUUUGUGUGUUAGAUCGCUAUCGGAGAACGCAAAUUUUUCGCAAAUCUCGUUUUGCCAUAACGUUUCAACUCCGUAGACCGGUUUGUUUACUCCUGUGCGCCAGUUGAGCCGCGUACGAUAUAUUGUUUAUAUACAGGUAAGAGGGCUUGACUAAAACAAUCAAAAUGUCCGGUUAUGGCAAGCGAGUUUUCGAAGCGGCCGGCCCAUAGGGAAUGGAGGCGCCUAGCAAAAAAGGAACGACGCAAGCGCCUACGACAGAAAGCCGCCCGGGUACGGGACGAGGAAGCCGAUCGUCUGGAAAAAACUCUUCUGCAGUCUGCUGAUUAUUUGGAAUGGUUGGAGGAGCAGAAUAAACAGAAAGAGGAAGAGGAAAAACGCGCCCAAGAGGAGCACGCCCAGUUGGAGAAGGCUUGGUUAGAAGCUGAGGAUAAGGCACAGAAGGAGUGGUUGAUACUUCAGGAGCGUAAAGCCAAGGCACGGGAGGUGCAAUUAGCUCAAGAAGAAAUCAUUAGGAAAGAAUUUGAAGCCAUGCAGGACAAUGCUCGAAAGAAGAAGGAGGCCGAGAGGCGCAGGCGGGACGAACAGAAAAAAAUGUUCGAUAGAAUGAAGAAGGAAAUUGAUGCUUACAUUGACGAUGGAUCUAGGACUCCGAAAGCCCUCAGAUCGUUGAACGAGACUCAGCCAGGCAAAGAGAUCUGUCCGUUCUUCAACAAAACUGGUGCAUGUAGGUACGGAGAUAUUUGUUCCAGAAAUCAUCAGAGACCUGGACUGAGUACGGUUAUUCUUGUACCAAACUUCUACACCCACUUCUCCCUUGAGCGGCACUCGCACGAGUACGACACGGAUGUGAGGCUUGAGUACGACCAUAGAGAGACUCGCAAUCACUUUAGAGAUUUCUACUUCGACGUUGUACCAGAACUGGAAAAGUUUGGUAAAAUCAAAACCUUACAGUAUUGCAAAAAUACUGAAGCUCAUCUCAGAGGAAAUCUGUAUGUGGAGUACGCCACAGAAAGAGAGGCUGCAAGGGCUUUGCGAGGUCUCAAAGGUAGAUGGUACGCCGGAAGACAAUUGCAUUGCGAAUUUGUCAAUCUAAAGUCAUGGAGAGGAGCCAUUUGUGGAAUGAUGCGAUGUCCAAAAGGAAGUGCCUGUAACUUCUUGCACGUAUUCAGAAAUCCAACUGAAGACUACGGGGUCAAAAGCCCACCCCUAUGGCAGAAGCGACAAGAGUUGUUUGAAAAAACUGGCUCUUCUUCCCGCAGCAGAGGCUCUUUCAGUAAUAACAGAAGAUCUAACUGGGAAGAAUAUGACAAUGGUCAAGAAAGAAAUCGGAAUUGGAGAUGGUCCGAGUCUCCAGAGCCCGAUGACAGAAGACAACAGGGUAGAGGAAAUUAUCAGUACAGACAACAGAAUAUGCAAAGAAACUUUCACCAACGCAAUCAAUAUAAUAACCGUGGUAACUUCGAUAAUCGAAGAAACUUUUACAAUAACAGAAGACCAAGAAAUUUUAAUGACAAUAGGAAUAACCGAUACUCUGACGAUGAGAGAGAUGACAAUCGCUUCAAUAAAUCACAGAGAAGACAAUUCAAUUACAAUGACAAAUUCAAAAGGCGAUACUCCGAUUCAGAUGGUAAUGAAGAUUACGGUUCGAGUAAAGUCCGGAGGAGGGAAAGACGCUCCUUAGAUAGAAGAAGUAGAUCGCGAUCUCGAUCACGUUCCGCAAGUCGGUCCCCUUCACGAUCUCGAUCUCGAGGUUCCCGAUCACGAUCACGAUCGCACUCCCGCUCCCGUUCACGCUCGGCAUCCCGAUCCAAAUCCCGAUCACGCUCUAUUUCUAAGUCAGCAUCAAGAUCUAGAACCCGUUCUCGCAGCCCAAUCCACGGAACUGCAAUGGAGGAGCAUGAUUUCCACUCAAAAAGAAUGAGAGCAAGAGAGGCCGCUAGACAUAGUAGGUCCAUCUCACGUGAAAGAAAACGCAGACCUCCCUCCCCGUUAUCAGCACCCAAAGAGAAGAGUCACUCUAAGGUUGUGAGAAAGGCUCCGACUCAGAAUAUAUCCAAAUGGGAUAAUGAAAAACGUGAAGAUUCGAGCACAGAAAGUCGGGAUUCUCGUUCCCGUUCACGCUCGCGUUCACGAUCACGAUCAAGAUCAGCAUCACCUUACAAGACUAGUGAACACAAAAAUAACGUUAAUGUUCAGAAGCAAGUUCAGCAUAGAGAUAUACAGCAUCAUUCAUACUCAAAACCACCACCACCACAACCACCAGCAUCAUCAGCAGGAAAUGCUACUAGAUCAGGCGGGCAAAAAGAAUAUGAGUGGGACACAACCGAUUCAGAAAAUUAAUGAAUUUAAAAAAAAUGUAUAACACAUACCAGCAAUUUCGAUCAAUUGAACAAACAAUACCAUGUACAGUAAUAAAUAUUUUUCAAUAUUAGAUAGUAUAUGGCUGUAGAGCUUCCGAUCGCUGAAGAUGCCAGUAUAAGAUCACGAUAAUCCGGCGUUAAUUAAUGUUUUAAUUCUCACGUUUUUCUGCAUUGUGGUGCAAGAAUUGUGUGCUUAUCUUGAUCGUCGUUUACGUUGUCAAUGGCUUUUUUACAGUUAUUCUUUAUCAGUCAUUUGUAAGCUAUGCGCGUUCCUCGUCUAUCAUGAUAAGCUAUCGAGCGCUUCGCAUUUGAUUGACACAGAUUUCCUGUUAGAAAUAAGGAUAAAUUAGCACCAAGCAUUCAGAAAGAACCUAACGUUCCUACAGUUCGAACGUUAUUUUCUUGACAGUAUAAUUUGUAUAAUUUAGAACUAAAAUGAAGAUUGCAAUGAAUUGCCUCUGUGUGCAUUUAGUAUUGGCGUUGUUCACCUCAGUUAAUGCAGUAGGUUUUCAUGGAUUUCAUUUCAAAGGGCUCGAAGAGCCUGCGUGGAUAGGACCUCGAAAAUUAGAUCAGAAGUGGAUUGAACAGCCUCUAGAUCAUUUUAACCACCGCGAUAAUCGAACCUGGCAAAUGGUAUGUUUGUACAAUAAUAGUAAUGUUUAUUAUUGAAGAAAAAUAAACGCAUACGGCGAUAUUUCAAAUUGUUAA